AUGUCACUUCAUCAAGCUGAACGUCUAUUCUUCAAGUUGUUCUUCCCCACUCUUCCUUUCUCUGAUGCUACUAUCUCGGCGUCACCACCUGCAGGAAUUGUCAGGACAAAAAAUACGAGUGCAAUGAAGUUCAAUGCCAGAUACUUCUUCAAUGGAAUAGAUAAAACCCCAGGAUUGGAGCUCGAGGUCUCGCAACCUGGUACUCCUCAAUUUAUCGACCAGGGAGUUGUAUUUCCGCUGUUCGAGGCUCUAGCCAAGGUGUCAAUACAGUUUCGACUGAACAGCAUCCAUCAGGCCAGGGAGCAUCGUGUGGACUCAGACAUGCCCCCACAACGUAACAAUAAUAACAGUGACAAAGGCCUCGAGUUCAAAUUCUACAAACCGGCAGGUGCGGCUAGGGCGCAGCGCACUGUGAGGCAGUCGUUUGCAGUAGCGGUGGACAACACAAUGUUCUAUUAUUACCAGCCUUCAGAUUUGUCUCCGCAGCUACCUGCCCGCUCUUCAUCACGCCAAGUACUAUCGAACUCUCCAUCCGUGUUGCCACCUCAACCACCACCACCAUCACCACUGCCACCACCACCACCACUACCUCCAUCACCACCUCCUCCUCCAUCACCACCUCCUCCUCCAUCACCACCACCUCCACCAUCACCACCACCUGCUCCACCUCAUCCACUGGUAAUACCCUCGCCAUCACCUGCAUCGGUGACUGGUGGGACAGACGGGUCCGAGUCAUUAGCUGACGCAGUACUGGCAGGUGCCAGCCCCCAACCUGAACUUGAAGUUCGAAUCGCGAUUCGCUCAUCCUUAUUUGGCAUUGCCAAAUAUAUCCACGGGUACCAGCAGGGAAUAACUUACAUGUCACCCAGACCAUUUGGGGAGAGCUUAAAGCAAGGCGCCAAAGAUACCGAUGAGAAAGAUGUGGGGAAGUUGAUAGCUAGUUCAUUACUAUCUCUGCAUCGCAUGAGUAUUGAGAACGAGGGUCUCUCUCUUGCACCUACUGGUGCUCGGGCCAUUUGUGGACACUUUAAAACGAAAGACCUUCAAGUUCCUGCAGAGGUUACACACUCUCAAGCAAAUGUGUGCAGGAAAGUGCGAGACAGUCCUUGCCUCUAUGCAACCACUGGCAGUGCUGGAAUUUCAAAGAACAUCGGCGUGGUGGUCACACUAAUGGAGACGUUUGGAUCUUAUCUAUUCCAGCACACCGACUUCGCUGUGGCAAUCUCUGCGGUAAUGUCUCGUCGGAAUGAUGAGGAUCUUUAUGUGGAGCUACGCCAUGUUUUGCUAGUCAAUGCUUCCCAACAGAUCGACAUCAAUUUCGUAGAGUCUCAUCCAUGCACAGAAAGAUUUGGGACGUCCGGAAUCCUGUUCGAUCUCCCUUGGUAUUUGAUGGCGCCGUCCCCACCAUUACCGGUUCUCGGGUUCAAGCAGAAGAGCAAGAGUGUUUAUAUGAUCAUCGAUGUGGUUUGCAAGUACCUUCUUGAGAAAAUGGACCACGGUCAGCGCGCACAUGACUCCAAGUCGGAGGUCAAGCCCGAGAGCCCCGAGUCUGAUAGCUAUCCGAGUCAUGAUGAUCUGGUGUCUGUACCUUCUUGGCGUAGGAGACAGCUUUCAUUCUUGGACUUCACUGUGAUUUACCCAUUACCCAUCUAG